UUUAUUGUCAAAAUUCAACAUGGCGGCUCUUCUUCAAAACCGAAUGACAAUGAAAGCCUCUUCUACCGCUCCAGAAUGGGUCUCAGCAGAGCAUUUAACCGGAACGACUGUAAUGGCGGUCGAGUUUGAUGGCGGAGUGGUCAUAGGUGCUGACUCACGCACAACUACCGGGGCAUAUAUUGCAAAUCGAGUGACUGACAAGCUCACCCCAAUAACAGAAAAUAUAUUCUGUUGCCGAUCUGGUUCUGCUGCUGACACACAAGCUAUAGCUGAUAUUGUUAAAUAUCACUUAAACUUUCAUAACAUUGAGAUAGGUGAGCCUAUUGAAGUAAAAACAGCAGCUAAUCUAUUCAGAGAAAUGUGCUAUGGAUACAGAGAUCAGCUGAGUGCUGGCAUCAUCUGUGCAGGCUGGGACAAAAGAAAUGGUGGUCAGGUAUUCUCCAUACCUCUUGGUGGAAUGUGCAUCCGUCAACCAUUCACUAUUGGAGGCUCUGGUAGCACUUACAUAUAUGGACACUGUGAUGCAACAUACAAGAAAGGAAUGACGAAAGACGAGUGCUUUAACUUUGUAUCCACUGCUGUUGCCUUGGCAAUGUCACGUGAUGGAUCAUCUGGAGGCAUCAUUCGCAUGGCGGCAAUUGACUCUUCAGGUGUCGAAAGGAGGGUUAUCUUAGGUGACAAUUUACCCACCUUUUAUGAAGGAUAAAUAUUUGUGUUGAUUAUUUAUGUACAUCUCUAAAACAUCAUGUGUACAAUUCCUACUCACCCCUCCUGUGCUAGGGAAACUAGCAAGGGAGGGGAUGGGUGGACUUUGUUCAUGGGCAACUAUAACAGACUUUCUGUAAAGUGAAAGUUUGUUUUUCUGAACUAAAAUUGUGUAGUGUAAGAAUAGUGCAAAAAUAAAAAUCUUUUUUGAAAAUUCAA